UUCAUGCAAAGCCCUGCUCCUGCAGCUCCCAUCCAGGUGCUUCAGACAAGACUGGGAACAUGGGGAUUCAGAUGGGUAAUUCUGGGGGCAGGGUUGAUGCCUAAACCUCUGACUUGACUUAACUCUCCCUUUUUGCCCUGACUGAGUUGCAGGUUUAAGAAGAGCCAAGUUCAGAACCCAACUAAUUAACCCAAGACCCUAAACCAGUAUCCACCAAUUGCUUUUACACCAAUUUCACACAAGCUGGAUCUGCCCAACGUGUAGAGCAGCCUGAGGAUUCAAAAGGCCAAGAUCAGAAAGUCUUUUCAUGAUUUGGCCACAGGAAAUAGGUGCCUCCAGCAGCUAAGACACAGCAAACUUAGGGUGCUUGAAGGUCCAGCACCAGCAGAGCUCCGGAUAGGACACCAUGAGGACAGGACAGACAGACAGCUCCACCACAGUUGCCCUGGCAUGGGAAGGAGACAGAACAAGGAGGAAAGUCUGGAUUCAUCCUCAGUCACCAGAGAGCCCAAGAUGGGAUAAUAUGGACAGAAGUAAUGUGUGGAGCACUGUGUGUGAUGGAUAAAAACAUCCCAGCCUCCAAGCAGAAAGUGCAUGGACUUCACUUCAGGCCUGUUUUGUGACUGAGACAGUUAAUUCAGCAGCCUGGCUCCUAAAGUCAAGGGCUGCUGUGAAGGAUGUUCUCCUCGGCGAAGCCCUACGAGAACCAGCGCUACAGCUCCCUGAAGAAGGACUGCCAGCGGCGCCAGCGGCUCUUCGAGGACCCUCUGUUCCCCGCCAGCGACGACUCCCUCUUCUACAGGUCCAGGAUCCAGGGCAUCCAGUGGAAGCGGCCAAAAGAGAUCUGUGAUGAUCCACACCUCUUUGUGGAUGGGAUCAGCUCCCAUGACCUACACCAGGGCCAGGUUGGGAACUGCUGGUUUGUGGCUGCCUGCUCCUCCCUGGCAUCCCGGGAGUCUCUGUGGCAGAAGGUGAUCCCAGACUGGAAGGAGCAGGAGUGGAAUGCUGAGAAACCCGAGAGCUAUGCAGGGAUCUUCCACUUCCAGUUCUGGCGGUUCGGGCAGUGGCUGGACGUGGUGAUCGACGACCGCCUGCCCACGCUGCACAACCAGCUCAUCUACUGCCACUCCAACUCCAGCAACGAGUUCUGGUGUGCCUUGGUGGAGAAAGCUUAUGCCAAGCUGUCAGGCUGCUACGAGGCCCUGGAUGGAGGUAACACAGCUGAUGCCCUGGUAGACUUUACUGGUGGUGUCUCUGAACCCAUUGACCUGACCGAAGGGGACUACAUUGCUGAUGAAGCCAAGAGAAACCUCCUCUUUGAGCGCGUGCUGAAGGUGCACAACCGAGGAGGCCUCAUCAGCUGUUCCAUCAAGGCCACCUCGGCAGCUGACAUGGAGGCGCGGCUGGGCUGCGGGCUGGUGAAGGGCCACGCGUACGCCGUGACGGACGUGCGGAAGGUGCGGCUGGGCCACGGGCUGCUCUCCUUCUUCAAGGCGGAGCGGCUGGACAUGAUCCGCAUGCGGAACCCCUGGGGCGAGCGCGAGUGGAACGGGCCCUGGAGCGACACUUCUGAGGAGUGGCAGAAAGUGAGCAAAAGUGAGAGAGAGAAGAUGGGGAUGACAGUGGAAGACGAUGGAGAGUUCUGGAUGACCUUUGAAGACUUCUGCAAGUACUUCACAGACAUCAUCAAGUGCCGUCUCAUCAACACGUCCUACCUGAGCAUCCACAAGACCUGGGAGGAGGCUGUGCUGCGUGGGGCAUGGACCAGGAGCAGUGACCCCUUGAAGAACCGCAGUGGAGGCUGCAUCAACCACAAGGACACCUUCUUGCAGAACCCUCAAUACGUGUUUGAUGUGAAGAAGGCAGAAGAUGAAGUGCUGAUCUCCAUCCAGCAAAAGCCAAAGAGGACCAGUCGCAAAGAGGGCAAAGGAGAGAACUUGGCCAUAGGCUUUGAUAUCCAUAAGGUGGAGCUGAACAGGAGCUACCGGAUGCACACCCCGCAGCAGAAGGUGGCCAGCUCCAUCUACAUCAACUCCCGCAGCGUCUUCCUGAGGACAGACCUGAAGGAAGGUCGCUAUGUCAUCAUCCCCACCACCUUUGACCCUGGCCACGAGGGAGAGUUCCUCCUCAGGGUUUUCACUGAUGUGCCUUCAGACUGCCGAGAGCUGACGCUGGAUGAGCCCCCACACACCUGCUGGAGUGGGCUGUGUGGCUACCCACAAGUCGUCUCCCAGAUCCAUGUGCUGGCUGCUGCUGGGCUCAAGAAUCAGGACGCCCAAGGAGGAGCUGACCCAUACGUGAUCAUAAAGUGUGAGGGGCAGAAGGUGCGCUCUCCGGUGAAGAAGAACACAGUGUCCCCAGAGUUCGAUGUGAAAGGGCUCUUCUACCGCAAGAAGCCAGGGCAGCCCAUCCUUGUGCAGAUCUGGAACCACAACUUAAUAAGCGACGAGUUCUUGGGCCAGGUGGUGCUCACAGGUGACCCCAGUGACCGGCAGGCAGUGCACACUCUGCACCUGCAGGACAAGGGCAACAGGAGAUCAAACGACCUCUCUGGCACCAUUGCUGUGAGGCUGCUCAGCAGCAACAUCCUCACCAACGUCUGACUGCUCGAGGCCUUUCCUUCUGGUGCCACAUAGGUGUCUAUAACCGUGCAGCCAUACACACAUCUAUGUGCACACAGACACAGCCUGCCUGCCAGCUGCGAGGUGCCGGUGACCUGUGCAUGCAUUCCACUCCAAGGAGCCAAAUCUGCUCUUUUCCAUGUUAAAAAAUGGUGCCUUUUGGAGGAA